AUGCCCAACUAUUCAAAAUUCAUGAAAGAUGUACUCAUGAAAAGAAGAAGAGUUGGAGAGUUUGCAAUUGUGGACCUAACACAAGAAUGCAUUCAAUUGGUAUUAGGAAAACUUCUCCCCAAGUUAAAAGAUCCUGGAAGUUUCACUAUACCAUGCAAUACAGGAGAUUAUUUUUGUGGUAGAGCAUUGUGCAAUCUUGGAGCAAACAUCAAACUCAUGUCACUCUCUAUUUUCGAGAAGAUUGGUAUUGGAGAAGCUAGGCCAACAAUAAUCACCCUUCAGCUAGCAAAUAGGAGCAUUUGCUACCCUCAAGGAAAGAUUGAGGACGUGUUGGUCAAGGUUGACAAGUUUGUAUGCAUAAAUAUGCUAGAACAAGUGUCUUCAAGUAUCAAAGAGUUGGCAAGAGGGAAUGGAGUGCAUUGGGAAGCAACUGUUGAGCUGUAA